CUUUUUGGAUCUACACAGUGGAAGUUGCAUCUUGUGUAUGGCGUGGUUAAGCUUGCAGCCUGUCACCUCGGCCUUCCUCCAUUUUGGGCUGGUUACUUUUGUGCUGUUUUUGCAUGGUUUGCAGGUGGAUGCUGGCCUGACGGGAGACUCAACCAGUACAGUACAAAACAGCUCGUGUUCAGGAUCUUUUGACUGCAAGGAGGGUGUUAUCCUGCCAAUAUGGUACCCAGAAAACCCAUCCCUUGGGGACAAAAUUGCCCGUGUUAUCGUAUACUUUGUAGCGCUGAUCUACAUGUUCCUUGGAGUCUCCAUCAUUGCAGAUCGUUUCAUGGCAUCUAUAGAGGUCAUUACAUCACAGGAGAAAGAAAUAACAAUUAAGAAACCCAAUGGAGAGACCACAACAACCACCAUUCGGAUUUGGAAUGAAACUGUUUCCAACUUGACCCUCAUGGCUCUGGGCUCCUCUGCUCCUGAGAUCCUCUUGUCUCUGAUAGAAGUAUGUGGGCAUGGAUUCAUAGCUGGAGACCUGGGGCCAUCUACAAUUGUUGGCAGUGCUGCUUUCAAUAUGUUUAUCAUCAUUGCCAUCUGUGUCUAUGUGAUCCCUGAUGGGGAAACCAGGAAGAUAAAACACCUGAGGGUUUUCUUUGUCACAGCUGCAUGGAGCAUCUUUGCUUACAUCUGGUUGUACAUGAUCCUUGCUGUCUUCUCUCCAGGUGUGGUUCAGGUUUGGGAAGGCCUGCUCACGCUGUUUUUCUUUCCACUGUGUGUCGUUCUGGCUUGGAUAGCAGAUAGACGUCUGCUUUUCUACAAGUAUAUGCACAAAAAGUACCGUACUGAUAAGCACAGGGGCAUUAUCAUAGAAUCGGAAGGUGACCACCCUAAGGGAAUUGAGAUGGAUGGCAAGAUGAUGAACUCUCACUUUCUAGAUGGGAACUUAGUGACUGUGGAGGGGAAGGAGGUAGAUGAAUCUCGCAAAGAGAUGAUCCGGAUCCUAAAGGACCUGAAGCAAAAGCACCCAGAAAAGGACUUGGACCAGCUGGUGGAGAUGGCCAACUACUAUGCCUUGUCUCACCAGCAGAAGAGCAGAGCCUUUUAUCGCAUUCAGGCAACCAGAAUGAUGACAGGAGCUGGCAAUAUUCUGAAAAAGCACGCAGCCGAGCAAGCCAAGAGAACCACUAGCUUGCAUGAGGUACGGCCAGAAGAACCUGAAGAAUUCAUCUCCAAAAUUUAUUUUGACCCAUGCUCCUACCAGUGUCUUGAGAACUGUGGUGCCGUUCUCCUGACAGUGGUGCGGAAAGGAGGGGACAUGUCCAAGACCAUCUAUGUGGACUAUAAAACAGAGGAUGGCUCUGCCAAUGCUGGUGCUGACUAUGAGUUCACAGAGGGGACUGUUGUCUUGAAAUCUGGGGAGACCCAGAAGGAGUUCUCUGUGGGAAUUAUUGAUGAUGACAUCUUUGAGGAAGAUGAGCAUUUCUUUGUGCGGCUCAGUAAUCUCCGUGUGGUAGAGAGUGAGGAACCUCCAGAGCUCAGUAACUCCCCAUACCCAAAGGCCAUGUUGGCUUCUCCUUGUGUGGCCACAGUGACUAUCCUGGAUGAUGACCAUGCUGGCAUCUUCACAUUUGAGUGUGACAUUAUACACGUCAGUGAGAGCAUUGGUGUGAUGGAAGUCAAAGUUCUAAGGACAUCAGGUGCGCGGGGUACAGUCAUAGUGCCAUUUAGGACAGUAGAAGGGACAGCGAAAGGGGGUGGCGAAGACUUUGAAGACACUUACGGCGAGUUGGAGUUCAAGAAUGAUGAAACUGUCAAAACAGUUCACAUCAAGGUAAUUGAUGAUGAGGAAUAUGAAAAAACCAAGAAUUUCUUCAUUGAGCUGAUGAGCCCCCGCAUGGUGGAUAUGAGUUUACAGAAAGCUCUGGUUCUGCACUCUCUUGGUGUUGGCUUUGCUUUCACAGAGGUGGCUGAGAGGAAGAUCACAGUUGAAGAGGAGGAAGCCAAGAGAAUUGCAGAGAUGGGCAAACCAAUACUCGGCGAGCACCCCAAACUGGAAGUGAUCAUUGAGGAGUCCUAUGAGUUCAAGAGCACCGUGGACAAGCUGAUUAGGAAGACAAACCUGGCUUUGGUUGUAGGGACACAUUCCUGGAGGGACCAGUUCAUGGAGGCCAUUACUGUGAGCGCAGCAGGCGAUGAGGACGAGGAUGAGUCUGGUGAGGAGCGCCUGCCAUCCUGCUUUGACUACGUGAUGCACUUCCUGACAGUCUUCUGGAAGGUGCUGUUUGCCUGCGUGCCCCCCACCGAGUACUGCAAUGGCUGGGCCUGCUUCGUCGUCUCCAUCCUCAUCAUCGGCAUGCUCACGGCCGUCAUCGGUGACCUCGCCUCCCACUUUGGCUGCACCAUUGGCCUCAAGGACUCGGUGACGGCCGUCGUCUUCGUCGCCUUCGGCACUUCUGUACCAGACACCUUUGCCAGCAAAGCCGCAGCCGUCCAGGACAUGUACGCUGAUGCCUCCAUCACCAACGUCACGGGCAGCAACGCCGUCAACGUCUUCCUGGGCAUCGGGCUGGCGUGGUCAGUGGCAGCGAUCUACUGGGCGUCGCAGGGGCAGGAGUUCCAGGUGUCAGCAGGCACCCUGGCCUUCUCCGUCACCCUCUUCACCAUCUUCGCCUUCAUCUGCAUCAGCGUCCUCCUCUACCGCCGGCGACCCCACCUUGGGGGGGAGCUGGGCGGCCCCCGAGGGUGCAAAGUGGCCACGACAUUGCUCUUCGUCAGCCUCUGGCUGCUCUACAUCCUCUUCGCCACCCUGGAGGCCUAUUGCUACAUCAAGGGGUUUUAGGCGGCGGUGGAGGGACGGUGCUGCCGGGGGAGGGACCCCUCCUCCGUUACCUCACCGGACACCAGUCCUGGAAGCGUGGAGGUACAGCUGUCUGUCAGGGGCUGCCGCUGCCCAGACGGUCGGACAGCUGCGUGCCAAGAAGGGCAAAACCAUCACAGAGUGAAAAAAACAAAGAGACAAGCCCAUCCAAAAAUGGUAUAAAAGAAAGCAACAAUGGCAAGUGUUGAAAUGAAACACAGUAAACCCAGGCACUGACCCUAUUCAAUGAAAUUAUGAAGUUUCAACCAUCUCCAAAGGCCACCUCUCCCACAGGAGGUCAUCUCCUUUCCUGCCGAGCACCCCUUCACUGUAAGGAGAUGUUUCCUCAGUUUUGCUAGUUGAGAAUUGCAGAAGUCUGGUUCAGGAAUUUGUGGGGGUUUUUUUCUUUUUUUUUUUCUUCUCUUUGCUCGUUGCUUUUUGGUUCCGGGGGAGCACGCUGAUUCUUUUUUUUUUUUUUUUUUCUUUUUUACUACUUAAUCUGAAAAAUGUUAAAAGUUAAACUCAAAGCUUCAAGCUGCCGUCAGUGCUGGAACUGAACAUGUGUAUUUCUGAAGCCACAAAAGACUGUGACACAGUCAAAAAACUUUUUCACUAUUACCCCUUUCCUCCCCUGCCGCUUUCCAUUUCUUUCUUUUUUAAGAACAUCACAAGACUGAUAUAUUUUUAAUACAAACACAGACACACAGUCACACACAUUCAGUGACAAAAGCUGGAGCAUGUAGCAUCUCAAUCACCUGCCUGGGCUAAGAAAAAAGGAAGGAAAAAAAACCCCAACCCUCUAAUACAAUACGUGUCAUGUAUAUUUUGACUAUGGCAUUUCUCUUUGUAUAAUUAACUUUGAGCUCGUGGUACUGCAGAGAGAGAAAAUUAUGUUAAUUUACAAUUGUUAAAGAAAUAAAACAUCCUGCCCUGGGGGGAGCAAAGGGGACAGGGAAAACAGCACCGUCUCCUUGGGAUGGUGGUGGUGGCAGGUUUGCUGCAUGGUCCUCCUGCUCAGAAGUGGAAGUGAAUUCAGGAGAACCUGGAUAGUGUGCCCAUAUGUUCCAAGCUCCAUCCCACCCAGAGCUGUGGUGUGGCAGCCCUUCCAUUCCGUUGCUACUCCAUUUUUCACAGCACCUGCACCUCACUGGUGGUCUCCAGGCCAUUGACAGGUACAGGCUCAAAAACUGCCACCCACAUCAGGACUCCUACAUCAUCUCGAGUACAUUUAGGAACUCCAUACAGACAAAAAACCAUCAUUUUAAUUUGAAAUGCAUUUCUUUUCAAGGAUAAAGAAGGAAAAAACCCACCACCAUGAGAGUAUGUCAUGAGUUACAUCAACAGCUGCAGAUUGAAAUGUUGGGUUGGUAAUAAAAUAAAUAAAAACUAUACCUAUAUCUAUAUAAA